AAUGAAUGAAGAGACAAGAGAGAAGUGUUUCGCAAUCACCGGAUUCCGUCGGGGUGACCUACCAAACAUCGCGAAGUGUGGUUUGUGGAUCCGAAAGUUGCGCGAUCUGGAAAAGCGUGAGUGAAGUUUUCGUUUUAACCCGUCGUGCGCGCGGCUCGUCGGUAAAGUAAAGUGAAGUAGAGUGGAAUUUCUGGCCGAACGGGCCGAACUUGUGUGGUCAAUUAGAGGAAAACCUGAUCCGAAGAAGAGCAUACAGGUAUGCAGCGCACUCUCCCGAACACUCUCACGCUCUCUCGCAGCACACUGGUAGGACUGGCAAGAGAUCUCGCAAAGUCCGGUGAUAAUCUGGUGGUGGUUAAGCGCCUCCGAAUCUUCAAGAUCCUCAGCGUUUCGGGGGUUUCUAGCGUAAUGCUGCCGACCGAUCGGCUCACAAUUCUUUUGACUAUGGCGUGUUUAAGUUCGUCGAAUCGGGUCUGCGCCCGCGUCGUGCAGGAAAAACUGUGUCAGUUUGUUGUUGGCAAAAAUCAAUUAGUGGCCACCACCUCAACCACCGCCACUACCUCUACCGCUGCUGGUAACAGUACCUCCGGUUCCGGAACUGGUGCUGGAUCGGGUCAUGGCACCAAAGGUGGCGGCGGCAGUGCAUCGGUCGUGAAUAGUGUCGCGAAGAGAACCCCGGUCUUCUCCGGUGCCGUUCAUCCCUUGUUUACAUCCGGUGGUGCUAUUGGUGUGGAAGCUCUGAAAUACGGACCGUGCGGAAUCGGUGUUGGCAGUGUACGCAACUUUUACAGCUCAUCUCUGGUACGCAAUCUCUUCAAGAAGAAUCAGCCAAGCAGUUCACAGCUCCUUCCACCAGCCACACACCCCUGCAUGCGAGGUUACAGCUCCGUUCACACACAGCAACCGGCCGGUCCGAUACGGGAGUACAAUAUCGAUCCGUACAUCCUGCUGGACGAAGAGCUCAAAUACAUCUUCGAAGACAUCAGACAAGAAAUCAAUCGUGCCACCAACCACCAAGAGCUGGAAAAGAUAGCCGUGUAUUACUUUGACGGUCAGGGAAAAGCGAUCCGGCCGAUGGUCGCGAUGCUGAUGGCUAAGGCGUUGAACUAUCACAUGCACAACGAGACCAGCAGUAAAAUAGUGCACGCACAACGACAAAUCGCCAUGAUUUCCGAGAUGAUUCACACAGCCAGUCUGGUACACGACGACGUCAUCGAUCAGUCCUUUGCGCGGCGGGGUAAACCUAGUGUCAACGUCAUAUGGAACCACAAAAAGGUGACGCAAGCAGGAGACUAUGUUCUAGCCGUUGCCUCGAUGCUGCUGGCCCGCCUUAAACACGACGAAGUCACACACAUCCUCAGUCAGGUACUGACAGAUUUAGUGCAAGGUGAAUUCAUGCAGCUAGGAUCCAAGGAAACGGAAAACGAACGAUUUGCUCACUACUUCACCAAGACGUACAGGAAAACAGCAUCCCUGAUAGCGAACAGUUUGAAAGCGGUGGCGGUCCUGUCCGGAGCGGACGAACAGAUGGUGGAACUCAGCUUUCAGUACGGACGGAACCUCGGGUUGGCUUUUCAGUUUGUGGACGAUCUGCUCGAUUUUGUGUCCAGCUCGGAGGCCAUGGGCAAACCGGCCGCGGCCGAUCUGAAGCUGGGAUUGGCCACCGCGCCGGUGCUGUUUGCGUGCGAAAAAUUCCCCGAGUUGAACCCGAUGAUCCUGCGCCGCUUCCGGGAGCCCGGGGACGUCGAGCGGGCGUACGAGUUGGUCCAUCAAUCGCAGGGCCUGGAGCAGACGCGCUUCCUCGCACGCAAACACUGCAUCGAAGCGCUCCGGCUAGCGUCCCAAAUCAGCGAAUCACCGUAUCAAAAGGGUUUGAUAGUGGUUGGGGACUUCGUGCUGAACCGAAUGAAAUAGUGAACGUGUGCGGAGUUCCGGGAUCCAAGAUGGCGACGGCGGCCUGCUUCGCGUGCGCCCAGGGGUUGCUGAUGGGACGGGACGGGACGUAACUGUAUAGCCAGACACAGAGACAGAGAGAGACAGAGGAAGAACGUUAGGAUAAAUUUAGUUUAGCUCGGGGUUUCGGGGUUUAAGUGGAGCGAAAAAAAAAUUGGCAGCUACACGCCAGCCAAGCGAAUCCGGGAGGAAACGGACGUGUACAGAAGUAUGUUUAUAAUAAUAAUAAUAAUAAAACAAAAAAGUGUGUGCGCGUGUGCCUUCGACGGGGACCUUUUACUUUGACAGAAAGUAAUCUUCAAUUAUAUCGGUGUGCUUGUUCUGCUUGUCUGAUUUCAAAUAUCUCCGGGAGAGCGUGUUUUUUUUUGUUUGCUGCUUGAACAACAGUGCGAGUUUGUGGAACUAGUGCGGGUCUUAUAACUAAUAAAAUUUGUAAAGAGAGUGGUAAAACAGAAAAAUACACAACUCACGAUAUGUUCUAGAGUCAGUAAGUUUAUCUAGCGAGAAAAAAAAAAAAAUCAGUUUAUUAAUCAAGAUUAAUAAAAUAAGUCAGGUUCACCCGACACGAACAAAGCUCUACGGAAACAAAAAAUCAAAACCGACACAAACUUUGCCACCACCACGGUGUGCCCGUCCGUGGUUCUUGCCGCCUUUUGGAAGUUCAAACGAGUGGACACAACCCGAAGUUUGGUGGCGGCAAGGUUUGUUCGUUUUUAGAAAAAAAAAAACGUGUGAAUUCUAUUCAUUACAUCUAUCUAACUUGUGUACUCCUUAUUGGGUUAGCUAAAUUGAACGUGUACGAAGUGCAAUGUCAUCUUUUUAACUUUUAAUAUUGUUUUGUAAAAUACUGUGUACCUAUUUAGUGUGAGUGUGUGUGCGUGACGAGAUGUGCGCAAGCGAAUUGAGUGGAAUCACGGUUAGGAUUUGUGUAAAUCAGAUGUGGAGCAAACCAACACAAAGAUUUCAAUGUUUUCACCCGCUAAUAGUAUUUCAAUCCUUGUUCCUAUACAUUUCCGACACCGAUAAUAGUUAGUGUGUUCAUUACAAUAACAUAAAUUCAACGCGGAAGAAGCCAUUUUUAUUUGUACUUGAUCACGCUUUCGAAGAGUCGAAAACGUGAUUUGCUACAGACGAAUGGCCUCCUUCGACAUCACCAUUGAACCGUACCCUUCACCUCUUUGAUUUGUAAGCACUUGACAGGUCUCGUCAAGUGUUAGCACAAAUCGUAGAUUGCUCUGAUUUCAUACCAAGAAAGGAGUAGGAUGCGACAACAUUGUGAAGCUAAAAGCAGAAAUCUAUCGUCGUAGUAAGCACUGCCAUUUAGUUAGUGGAAUGGAACGAACAAAAAAAAAAAAAAAAAAACGAGCGGCCCUCCUGGGCCGUGGACGAAUGUAUGGGUUGUGGGUUAGUUUCAAACUCUUUUUUAUUCGGAGGUAAAAAAUAACUUUGACCGUGUUUGUGGCGAGAGUGUGGAUUGCUAUGGUACGAUAAACAAAAAAAAAAACAACCAGCGCCUUAACAUAGAUAAUGAGAAAAGAAAAUGUAAAUAAAAAACUAGAUAAGCCAACAAAACAUAAUGAGAAAGAAAAAAAUAAAGGCAAAACACUGUAAACGCACACGUGUACUCUCCGUGUGCGUGUGCAAGUGUAUGUGCGCGCUAGCCCGUAAGUGUCAAACGUAGUAGGCCCAGACGUGACCUCUUGCUGCUCAAUUAUCGAUAAAAAUGCAGAUCGUAGCAGAUCAAAGUAAUAUAAUUUUGAAAGCAACACUAAUUUGAUGAAAUCAAAGAAGCAAAAACAAAACGACACACACACAUACACGAAACACCCCACACUGUAAAUAUUAGGUCUAUUGUACCCUGUAAGAAACCAUUAAAAAAAACUUAGUAUAACUCAAAACACAAUUUUACACACUUGUACGCACUUGUUACUGUUGUUUCUUCUAUUUUUAUUUUUUUGAGGUUGUAUUAUUCUAUGUCUGUUCUUAACCGUAAGUCUACUUUAUUUAAUUUUUUCCAUUUCUUUCCUUUCGAGAAGAAAAAAAACAACGCUACGUACUAAAUCUUAUUUUGUUUACGAAGUGGCUGGGGAUUGCUGUCCUAUAAUUUCGUCUUACAAGUAAUAAGUUUUCGCGGUGGACAAGGGCCUGCCACUGGAAGAAGAAGAAGAAGAAGAAGAAAAAGUGUCAAGUAAAACAAUCACCUAAUGUUGCCAAGUAAUCCUAGAGAAGGAAGAGGGGGAAAUCGGAAACCGAACAGAAAAAAAAAUGGUGGGCCCUAUCCGAAUCAACAGCGAAGCUAGCUGUCGAGCGAUCGCCAAAAAGAGAACAUACGGGAGAGCCCUAUUAUCAUUAUUAUCAUUAUUGUUUAUUCACUAAAAUUGGUCACCUCACCAAGUUACCAAGGACCACCACCGUCACUACACGAAUACAUAUAGAAAGAGAGAGGGACUCGUCAGAGAGACACGAGUCGAGCAGUGGGGUACGGAUAUGAAAUUUAACCAUGUUACAAUACACGUUAGUAAAAUUUUGUGUUCGAUCGAGGCGGCCAAGAGUAGCCCUCCGUCCGUCAGUAUAAAGAUCAGUAGUAAUUUUUUCGUUUGGAAGAGAGAUAGAAACAAUACAGACGUUAACAAAAUUUGGCGCAUGACGCCAUUUUGGUUCUAGGGGAGAGAUAGUAAACCGUUCUUCCAGCUUAGACGUAAACGUGAAAAAAGCUGUAACACAAGUAAGAGAGAGACGAACAGAAACAUGCACAUACAAACACUAGGAAGACAGAAAUUCCAGGAGACGAUAAAGGCAGAUGUAUAUUAUCGUUGCUACAAUUUACACAGUCUUUACAAGGAUGUUUUUGAUAUGUAAUGAUGAAAAAGAAAAGAAAUAAAUGAGACUAAUCAUCUAUCAAA